UUUCCAACAUGGCGGAGGUGUUGGUAGUAAAUACUAAUGGAUUGGGGUGUUCUUUGUAGCCGAAUCAUCGAUUCGGCCAAGGAGGCAUGACCCGACACCGUGGAAUUCAUUUCUCGCAACACAAAGGAGCAGCGAGAGGACGUGCGUCGCGGCCGGAGGAGGCUGUCCCCCCCGGGGUGGCCGCAGAGGAGGAGCGGGGCCGCUGAGGAGGAGGCGGAGGAGGCUCGGGCACCCCCCCUUGAGGCGGAGCCGUGGCGGGGGGCAGCGAGGGGGCAGCGGUGCCCCCCCAGCCCCCGGCGGCAGCGCAGGUGCCCCCAGCCCCCGGGGGCGAGAUCCGGGUGGGGCCGGGCCACCAGGCGCGGCUGCCCGAGCUGAGGCCCGCCUCGGCACCCCCAGGCCACGAGGGGGCCGGGGGCAUGCCCCAGGAGGAGCUGCGCUGGACCCCCGGGGUACCCGACUGCGACCUCAUGAUGUACCUCAGGGCGGCCAGGAGCAUGGCGGCGUUUGCGGGUAUGUGCGACGGGGGCUCGGCAGAGGACGGCUGUUUGGCGGCCUCUCGUGACGACACAACCAUCAACGCCCUGGACCUGCUGCACGACAGCAACUACGACACGGGCAGAGCACUGCAGGCCCUGGUCAAGAACCCUGUGCCCAGGGGCCUGGACAAGAAGUGGACGGAUGAGGACCAGAAACGCUUUGUGAAAGGAUUGAGGCAGUAUGGCAAGAAUUUCUUCAAAAUCCGCAAGGAGCUGCUUUCUCACAAGGAAACGGCUGACCUCGUAGAGUUCUACUAUCUGUGGAAGAAGACCCCAGGUGCGGCGACUUCCCGGCCUCACCGGAGGCACCGGCGACAGAACGUGCUUCGGCGAAGCAGACCAUCAUCCCGACUGACCAAAGUGGCGCAAAAUGAAUUCGCGGAUGCGAGUUCAGCGAGCGAAGAGGAGGAGUCUGCUGAUGAUUCUGAUUCCCGGGAAGUGCCGGCCUACACAUGCCACACCUGUCUCGCCACCAGUUCCAAGGAGUGGUUCCAGACUGGCAAGGAGGGCUCUGUGCUGUGCUGGGACUGCUGCCAGAGCCAGCAGAAGAAGGGCACCCUGGGCCCCCUGGAGGCGGCCCGGCCCUUGCCGGAGGGGGCUGGGGGAGGCGACGGGGCCUCCCCAUUCCUCUUCAAACCUGUCGACGGGGACGGGGUCCACGGGGGAAAGCACGUCAUGCGCACCCGGCGGAACAAGGAGAACCAGAACCACACGAAGGGGCGGAGCAAGCACGGGGGCGGCAAUGAGGGGGCGAGUCCGGACGCCCUGGACGGAGCCCUGGCCACCAACAACAGCAGCCGGGCACCGGGAGGGCGCAAGUCUCCCGCCGCCAGCACGGGGGACAGGGACAAGAAGAAGAAGGGAAACCCGGAGACGCCCACCAAGGGCAAGAAGAGGGGCAGGGAGGAGACGACACCCACAAGCAAUGCCUCGGCCCCGGCCGCGACGCCCAGUGCCAACGCGGCCUCCCCUCCCGAGGAAUCCUCGUCCUCGGAGAAUGCGGCCAACGCCCCAUCGGGCGCCGAGGACGACGACAACAAGUUGCUCUGCUCCUCGGCGGCCAAGAAGAAGAAGGGCGGCAGCAGUGAGGGGGCCGACAGCCCCGCCGAGUCCCCGGGGCCAGCCGAAGCACUCUCCAGCCGCAGCAGCAGCUCCGGGGGAGGCCCGGCAUCCAACGAGGAGAACAUGACCGAGGAGCCCGAAGCGGAGUCCACCAGUCCCUCCAGCCGGCCGCCCAGCCCCGUCGCUGCGGCGGCCCCCGUGCUGCCGCUUGCGCCUCCUGCGCUCCAACCGUCUCCCGCUGCCGCGGAGGAGCCCCCCGUGCCGCCGCAGCAGAACGCGGGGCCUCCGCCGCUCCUGCAGCCGGUUCCGGAGGACACCAGGCCCAGCCCCAUCGUGGAGAGAGCCACCCCGACCCCCGAAAGCAUGUCGAGGGAGGCACGGAGUCCGGCAAUGGGGCAAGACGUGGCGCUCCCGCUGCUGGCGCGUCCACCCUGCCCGUCGCCUCUGAUGGGCUCGGCGCCGAGCCACAGUCCGGUGCCGCCGCGGUCGUCGCCCGUGCCCCCUCCGGCCCACCAGCUGCCCAUGGGCCGGGGCCUCACCCCCCUGGGGCAGCCACUGGGCCCCUUGGGGCCCCUGGCCCCCGUCCCCACCCUGGCGGACGACAAGUUCGACCAGCUGCUUCCACAGGCGCCGCUUCUGUCGUUGCCGGAGAGCGGCCGCACCCGGUCCCCCGGUGGCCCGGAGCCCCUGUCCUUCAUCAAGAUGGAGAUGGAGGAGCCCCGGCCCCUGCGGCUGGUGUCCUCCCCGCUGUCCCGGGGCCGCCCCUCGCCCCCCCGGGGGUUGAGCCCGUCGCUGGUGGCCCUGUCGGUGCUGCCUCCCCCCGUGGAGUCGCUUCUACCAGCGGGCAUGAAGAAGCACUUGGUACGCGUCAAGGAGGAGCUGCCCCCGACGCUGCUACUGCCGCAGGAGGGGCCCCCCAUGCCCUCGCGGGAGCCCCCCCUGCUCUCCUCGGGGGCCCCUCCACGGGGGCCGGUCCCCUCGCCCUCGUCCUCCCCGUGCUUGCCAGCAUCUUCUCUGGCGGCCGCUGGUGCCUCGGCGCCCCCUCGGUCCUCCCCGUCGGCUUCGCUGGCGCCCCUGGUGGACUACCCGGGUCCUCCCCCGCACCACGUCAAAACGGAGCCCCCUCCGUCCCCUCCCAAGGAGCGGCCGGGGCUGCCUACCCCGCCCCCUCCCUCCCCGCACCACCCCUCCCCGCACCCCAAGUCCUCCUCGACCCCGUCCCCUUCCCCAGCCAUGCCCCCCUCUCACCACCAGUACCCGUUCCCCGCGCCGCUCUUCGCGGCGUCCCCCGCCGCCGUCGUGUCGACGUCGUCCCCCCUGGGGGGUGGCUACCCGGCCUCCCUGACAACCUCCAGGGCCGGGGGCGGGCCUGCCCCGCCCCCUCCGGCACCCCACCCGAGCAUGCACCCUGGCUUUCCGUACCCGGCCUACUUCAGCCCGCAGCUGUACUCCCCCCACCUGCACUUCCCUCCCCAGUUUGCCCCACCACCUCCCCCGGCCCACCAGGGCCCCCCCCAGCACCACCCGUCGUCGUCAGGCGGGUCCAGCUCCAAGGCCCCGCCCCCCUCCCGGGCCCCGGUGUCCAUGCCCCUUCCCCCGCAGCUGCCCCUGGAGGGCUCCCCCCAUCGGCUGGGGCCCUCCCACCACCCCCCUCCCUCCCACCACGGAGGGGCCCACCCCUCCCACCACGGGGGCCCUCCUUCCCACCACCACCACCCGGGGGAGGAGGAGGAGGAGGAGCCCGAGGCCCAGCAGCUGGUGAGGGGACCCAGCCCAGAGCCCAAGGUUGAAGACAGCGAAUGCCACCGCAGCCAGUCCGCCAUCUUUCUGCGUCACUGGAGUCGAGGGGAAUUCAACUCUUGUGCUCGGACGGACUUGACGUUCAAACCCGUCCCCGAUUCGAAGCUGGCGAGGAAAAGGGAGGAGAGGGCACGCAAGGCAGCCGAGAAGGAGAGGGAGGAGGCCAAGCAGCGGCUGAGCUCCCUCGACCACCGGGGCGGCCUUUCCGGGGAGGGCAAGGCGGGCUCGAGCAGCCACCCCUGCGAUUUCCCUGGAGGACCUUACCAGUCACGGGGGGUUCCCCAGAACCCCCGCAACGCCCCGUCGGCGCAGCACCCGUACGGAGGGGCGGACACCCCCGCCCUGCGGCAGCUGAGCGAGUACGCCCGCCCCCACGCGGCCUUCUCGCCCGGGGGCUACCCCGGGGCGAGGGCCCACCCUGCAGCUGCUGCAGCGGCUGCCGCGGCAGCCAUGGAUCCCAUGAUGCUGCACUACCAGCUUGGCAUGUACGCCGCGGCGGCUGCCGCCUCGCGGGAGAACAGCAUGCGGCUGGACCUGGAGAUGGAGAAACGUGAGCUGCACGACAAGUUGAAGGCGGAGCUGGAGCUGAAGUCACGCCUGCCGGCGGCCUACGACCCCCACUGGCUGGAGCUGCAGCGGCGGUAUGCGGCAGCGGCGGGGCUCAACGCGGCCGGCCUGGGACCCCCCGGCAUGUCCCCCUUCUCACUGUACCAAGCUGGGCCCGACCAGAGGGAGCGCCUGGCCCAGAUGGGUGCCCCCGACGAGCGGCUACACCCGGGGUCGGCCGAACGCCUCGCCCUCGCUGCUGACCCCCUCCUGAGGUUGCAGAUGGCAGCCGUGGCCAUGGCGAUGCCCCCGGGGGGCCCCGGCGGGGACCCCUCCCAGCAGUACCAGGCCUACCCUCCUGGGGGGGGGGCCCGGGGGGGCGCAAGGGCCCCGCCCGGGCGUGGGGGGGCCCCACCCUGGGGGGCCUCCCCAGGCCCCCCCACCCACCCGGCGGGACUCAGGCCCCAGGACCUGAUGCACCCAGCCGCUGCCGCCCUCAUGCGCUCAUCCUACGAGGAGCAGCUCGCCCACCAGAUCAAUGCGGCCCAGGUGGCGGCCCAGCAGCAGGAGCAACUGCAGCGCCAGUUCCUGCUGGAGCGGGAGCGGUUGGCUCACCUGAGCGCCCUCGGGGCAGCCCACGCGGCCGCCUCCCACCAGGGGGCUGCCACGGCCGCCCAGCUCCUGCCCCAGCACGAGGAGUUUCUACGAUGGCGCCCCACAGUCCCAAGGCAAGACUUGUCCAGCGACUGUGGUGCCUCGGUGCGCCGCUGCAGCCAGCAACAGCAGCGGGAGCGGGAGCUCAAGCUGAGGACCCUGGAAGAGGCCGCACGCGGAGGACGGCCCCCCAUCAACUGAGGCCCCGCACCCCCCUCACCUCGUGCCCCUCCCUUCCCCGUUGCCCGGGGAGAAAGCGACGGGACGCUGGACCCUCCCGUCCCGUCGUGAAAGCUCGUUUUGUCGUGGUUCCUCUCGCAAACGGGUAGUCACGACCGACGUCGCCGCCAACGUUCGGAGGAAGCGUCGGGUCGCACCAAGAAGAUGCCACGACGGCAUUUCGAAGACGGUUGUUCGUUCGACUGCCGCUUCCCCGAUCGAACGAAGGGGAGGCGCGCGUUCGAGUACUCGUAAACGCGAGGACGCAACGUGACUCGGUUUUGUUUUAGUGCACCGUCUACGUUUGUUUCGUUCUUAGGAGAUGUUCAACUUUUUUGUGUGUAAAGAGUGCAACUGGCUGGCCGCAAGGGCGGCGUGCGUCACUGCCCUUCCGGCGCACGGCCUGCCCACCCGUGUGCCCCCUCUCCCGUCGUCUCGUCCUCCUUGUUUUAGACUCGUAGAGGUCUUGCUAGUCACGAGAACUUGCCCUCCUUCCCUGACCCGCCCCCAGACAUUGUGUCGUCCCUCCUCGCCCACGAGGCCACGCGAAUCCCUCCUUUGUUUUGACUCCUUGGGGAGAGGGGGGGUUCCUACGGACGAUGCAGUGCGAGCUUAGGUCUUAAAAAGGGUUCGCAAUUCCCUCGGCAUCUUGUUUGACCCCCGUUUUCAAACGUGUGCCUGUUCCAUAGCUGUGCAAAGAACCUGUUUCUGUCAUUGAGAGCAGCGUUUUUACCCUAAUUAUUAUUUCGGAGACGGGGAGGGGUCGUGCGUCGUGUCUUAGGGCUGCGUAACGUGGCCCAUGCCGAUCGUUGCCCGGUUAAAACGGCAUCGACUGAGGCCAGUUUUCCCGGUGGACCUCUUGCGGAGGGGUUCUCCACGUUUUUAAAGACUACGCCGAGGCACCUUCCUUAAUGUGUGUCCACUUUCGUUUUUAAUGGUUUUGAAUUCCUCUUGGGUGACUCGGUUGCCGCGAUUGCGGCCAGUUUUUGUCGUGGAAAGGAGCAAUCAUUGUCUAUACUAGGGUCCAUCAUUCCCAUCUUGCAAGUACAAGAGAGAAAUUGCAUUUUGCAAGGAGGAGAAAAGGGGGAGGGGGGAGGUUUAUUGGGCAGACAUAUUGGCAUUGGACACGGCGAAGCAGGGAGAGGGCCGCGGUUACAGCCGCAGCUCGCACUUUCUUCCCUUGCAGGGCUCGCUCGCAAAUUGCAAACCAUUGUGUUCGGGUGUGGAGGAGCAUAGAAGUGUGUGUAUGUGCGUGUGUAUGUGUGCAUAACGAAGAUGUGGUAUGUGUCCUGUACAUAACUUUAUGGACGAGGGUGUGCAUCUGAAAGACUUCCUUUCGUCAAUGAAGAGGCUAGGCUGGAAAAUUACCAACGAACCUCCGUAUCACUCCAUGAUCGAGAUAUUUUCCUUUCUUCCUUUCUUUCUGUUCGCUUCACACAUACCGUACAUACCGUUCUCUCGUGGCAUUGUCUGCACGCUUCCGUUGUCUCCGCAGAAUGCACACUCUACAGAAAAUGCAACCGUAUGCAACGCGAGCGUUUGGUCCCCCUUCCCAAACAGCGAACACACAAAGUCGAGCCGGCCUUUGACGGCCGGGACACAAAAGAAGCUACGAGAGCAAUGCAAAAGAAAGCAACGUCGACCAACACAGUACAAGAGCAAAACAUCAGCGCCUCCCGAAAGCGGGGAUACAUACUAAAACGCAUCUGUACAGUACGUCCCAUCCCGCGCAUUUCCUACUUUUUUUUCCCCUCCCCUCGAUCGGUGCGUCCACGCGGAAUUGCGUCGCACGACCCGCGGCGAGUGGUUCAAAUGCCCGUCGACGCCACACCAACUUUCACCCACGCGCACUUGCGUGUACAUACCAUCUGCGCUCAUUUUGAAGACUCCCUGCCUUCCCUACUUCCUUUUCGGUAUUCCCUGCCUUUAGAAAAGUAUCACAUAUUUUUGUUUUUUAGUUGAGUGGCUUCUGCGUCUUUGUAGUGCCUCUGCUGCUGCCACUUCCAUGUUUGUGUAUUUAUUGCCAAUCAGUGUACAUAAUGCAAGCGGCACACGAACAGUAUGAGUCUCCCAUGUGUGUAGGGCUGCCAAAUCUCGCCGUCGCACUAUACCAAUAAACUCCCGUAGUACAAGCAAAGGCAACGCUUGCGCGGCCGCUCGCAGUCACCGCUCCAAUCGUCGGAGCGGCACAAAGUCUUCGGCCGGCUCCUUCCUCGCUUUAUUUACACUUUUCGCAAACAUUGUCUACUGGUGCCUUUUUAACAAAACAAAGGAAGAAAACGACACGAGCUGCUCUCUUUUCUCUGGUGGCUUCUUCCCAUUUUGCGCGGAGCAAUGCAGCAAUUUUCAGGGCGCUCAUUUUGCCUUUCCUUCUUCAGUUGCUUGCUUUUUCCUUUUCUUUCUUCAAGCCUAAGAUUUUAUAAAGCUGCCCUAUGACAUUGUGGCAGCACUACUUCGCGUGGUACAUUUAGUUGUGUUUUUUUAUUUUCCUUUUAUUCUUUGUCGUACUGCUUCCCACGACUCUUUUCUGAUCUCGUCCCAUUGCGUGGUGUACAUCUUGUGAAGCGUGAGGUGACUGUAAUUUUAUAACUUCUAUCUGGGCACCCCUCCCCACCCCCCGAGAGUUCCAUGUAAACUUGUAUCACACAAACAAUAAACAUGCAUUACUUCUUCCCCUGCAA